GUGUAACAUAACAUCAACAUCGAAAUACCUACAUACCACCCACCAGCAGACAGACAGGAGCACGGCAGCCAUCUCGACGUCUCAUCCUCCCCCUCUCUCUCCUUACUUCUUCUCGUUCUUAUAUCAUCGGCAAACCCGUUCCGUUCCGGACAACCCUGACCCCCCGCCGUCCUCUCCCGUCCACGACCGAUGCUCUCCAGGGUGCGUAACAAUGCUGUGCGCCGCAACUUCGGCCUGGGCCAAGCGCCAUGUAUAUCGUCCAUAAUCACAACCGCCACAUGCCCGAGUGCUGCUGGCCUAUCGGCCAAUUCCCGCGUACAACAAUGGCACGCGCAAAGGACAUACCGGUCCACACAAGCUCUCAAAGCUCAGAAGCCUUCUGCCGGCCAGAUGAUGCGGGAAGCCAUGGGAAUCCUCCAGUCAGUCGGAGCUGCAGACCAAACAUCAGAAGCAAAACCCAAGAGGACGAGGACGCGCAAAGCAAAGACGGCUGAGGAGGACGUUGUAAAUCAAGACGAAACCGCAGAACCGAAACCAACGCGGCGCAAGAAGGCUGCUGACAGUGCCGAGGAUGGAGAAGAAGCAAAAGUUGAAAACAAAGAGCCCAAGAAAAGGAGGGCAGGGCGGCCACGUAUACACAUUCCCGAACCCGAUAGUGCCGAGGCCUUGAAGCUGGCAGCGAAGCAGGCAAAACGAGAAGCUGCAGCAGCAGCGAAGAAGAGGCCCUCACUAAAACCCGCCAAAAUAACGAGGAGCGAUGAGCAAAGCAUGCUGCGACCUUGUGUUGACCCCAUGCAAGAGCGACUAUACGACACCGAGCUUUGGAGCUGGCUCGAUUAUGGGCGCACGUCCAAGAAGGGACUGGCACCCGCACCCAUUAGGAAAUACGAUCGAACCCGAGUCCACGUCACUAGCGAGAAGAUGGUUGACGAUGUCCUCGAUUUCAUGAAGCCCACCUUGACGCGCCACCAGGGCUGCGACAUCAUCGAUCUAAACCCCGGAGCUGGCGUCUGGAGCACCAAGCUGAACGACCUGCUCAAGCCUCGCACCCACCUGCUGCUCGAACCAGACGCGGGCUUCUACGAACCCAUGCUUGAACCGUUGCUUGCCCGAGACGGUAGCAAACUAAUAGCCAAGGACGGCCUCGUCUGGGCGGAGCUAUUGUCGGUACUCACACCCGAGUACCUACCGCACCAGAAAGAGCACCAAUACUCGGCCGACGACGUACCCGAACGGAACGACACCCUCCUAGUCACCGCCAACCUUGGCUCCUACCCCAAGAGAAGAUACUCCAGCUUCGCGAGCGCCACGGCCAUGAUCCUAUACCAGUUCAACCACGCCAUCCGCAGCGGUGCCCUCUUCCAGAAAUACGGUCUGGUACGCAUGCUGCUCUGGCUCGACGACGAGGACAAGGCCGCCAUUCUCCCGCGCAUGGCUCAGCGUCGCCGCCGCGUGGCCGUCGACGCCGAACUCAACUGUGAAUCCAUCACGCACGUGGCGGGCCCCGAUUACUCCGACAUCGAUCCAUCGAAGCGUCUCUGGUUUAGUCGUGACAUCAACAUCGACCGCAGCAGCGCCUUGGCCGCCUUGCAGCGCAUGCGCGAAGCCGGGAUCCAGACCCCCGCUGGGCGCGAGACCAAGAUCCUCCGUGAGGUCUCGCAAAAUCCCGACAGUGUAGUCGCCGCCGGCGAGACGCCCAUCACGUACGACUUCCGUCACCAGGCCGAAUAUGAAGAGCUCUUGAAAGACUUUGAAAAGGGCAAGAUUGUCCUCGCCUCGGAAGAAUACAAGGCCAUGAUCCGCAUGCGCAUCCAAAUCGACUCGGCCAACAAGCGCUUCAGCAAUGUCCACAGCAACAUGGUGAAUUUCCACCGGCUCGUGGACGAAUGGCGGGUUGCCAAGGCGGCCAAUGACGACAAGGAAAUCGCAUCCAUCAUGGAACGGUACAAGGAAUGGGAAAAGUCCUUCAUCGCCCUGGGCUCGACCGCCUGCGGCGACUGGUUCGUCCAGCGCGACAACCUGCACCUGUGGAAGCAGAAGAGCAUGCACUGGGACCGCAGGGCCAUCGAGCCGCUCGUGAUUCAGAGUGACGAGUUUUUCCCGCAUGUGCCGCUUUCCUUGCUCGAUAUCCAGCCCAAGGCCGCGCACAAGGUGUUGCGGUCCAUGGGCCCUAACUCGGAUCGGAGUGGUGACAUGGCGGAAGUGCUGAUGCGCAGCAUCAUGGCGUAUACCAACUCGUCCAUGAGCAAGGUGCUGGAUCGAUUGGCGCCCGGAGCGAGCGAGUUUGUGUAUCCCAUGUGUAAGAGCCUGGUGGAUCCGGAUCAGGGCGGUGUGCCCUUUCCCGGAGCCGCCGAGAUCACGGUGCGGGGGAUGAGCGCGUGGCAGUUUGAGGAUGUGUUGGAGCAGUGGAUGAAGUGGCCCUUCAGACCACCGUUGCAGGAUUUGAUCAGUCAGUUGUCGGAUGAGUAUGUGGAAGCCGAAGGGGAGGAAGGGAAGUUUGGGGGCGUUAGUCCGGAAUUUUAGAGAUAUCGG